AAGGGGGCGUGGCCUGGUCCGACAGUGGGCGUGACCACGCGCUGUUAUGGGCACCAUCUAAAAGCCAUGUGUUGGAGUCGCAUUUCCACAGCGCAGCUGCAGAGGGUUACAGUAGAAGUAAAACAACCGAGGAUGGCAUUUGACGCACAUGAGUCCUGUUGCAUGAGGUGGUGUUUGGCAGCGCGCGCUCCGGUCCGCGCUCUAUCCGUGUUCUCGUAGGUGACGCGCGCGUUUCUCCUCGCUGACAUGAGUACUUUCUACAUCACCGUUGAAUUGAUCAUCGCUGUGCUGUCCAUUGUCGGCAACGUGCUGGUGUGCUGGGCUGUCGCCAUCAACUCCACUCUGAAAAACGCGACCAACUACUUCUUGGUGUCUCUGGCUGUAGCCGACAUUCUGGUCGGGUGCCUCGCCAUCCCUUUCGCCAUCACCAUCAGCAUCGGGCUGCCUUGUGACUUCUACGGCUGCCUUUUCCUCGCCUGUUUCGUGCUUGUGCUCACACAAAGCUCAAUAUUCAGCCUCCUGGCGGUGGCCGUCGACAGAUACCUGGCUGUCAAAAUUCCUCUGAGGUAUAAGGAGCUGGUUACAGGGAACAGGGCCAGAAAGAUCAUUGCUAUUUUAUGGAUUCUAUCAUUCAUCAUUGGCCUCAUUCCAUUUGCAGGCUGGAACAAGAAAGCCAGCGCUUGCAGUAAGCCUGAAAACCAAAGUUCUCCUCUCCACAACUCCAGCACAGAAGUGUACCAGGGCUUCUUGCAGAGCUGCAUUCUAAAAUGCCUCUUCGAGAGUGUAGUGGACAUGAACUACAUGGUCUUCUUCAACUUUUUUGGUUGCGUACUGCUGCCCUUGGUCAUCAUGCUAGGCAUCUACGUCAAGAUUUUCACGGUGGCUCGAAAACAGCUGCGCCAGAUCAAGCUCGGAAGCGUGAUGGGCAACGGCGAGAGCCGCCAUCACCAGCACCAUCGUGGGCUCCUGCAGAGGGAAAUCCAUGCCGCCAAGUCUCUGUCCAUUAUUGUAGGCCUCUUCGCCCUGUGCUGGCUUCCUGUGCAUGUCCUCAACUGCCUCACCCUCUUUACGCAAGUGGACAAGCCCGACUACAUCAUGUACGUGGCCAUCAUGCUCUCGCAUGCCAACUCAGCAGUCAACCCCAUUAUCUACGCUUAUCACAUCAGGGAAUUCAGGAACACCUUCCGGAAAAUUCUGGCACGCCACUUUCUUUGCCGUCGGGAAGAGUUGUACCUGAGCUCCAAUGGAAGCACCAGAAACAGAGAACAGAUUACCAUGACCAUCGAUCCUCUGUUAUAGGUCAUGAGACACUGGAAAUGGCAUUUUAAUUUAAUCAAAUCUUAUUUUUAAUGAGCAUCAUUCAAAAUCAGUGGAGCAAUGUUUACACACCAGAGAAGAACUGCAGGAAUGUGGAUUGCGUGGCAGUUUAUGAGGACUGAAAGGAAGUGUAUCGAUGACACUUUGAAAGCAGAUGUCUCUGGAACUAAAGCAGGGAGCAAAAUGCUUCUCAUCUAACACUACUUAAGACAGCGGAGAUCCAGGAAAUGUCUCCUCUUUAUCCUGACACGACUAACAAACUCGAACAAACUGAGCUCUUCAUUCCAAGUCUUAAGGCGCAGACAUUAUAUGCCUGCAGACAUCUAGACCCGCCUACAGGUGAAUCCUGGUAAUGGACAGAGACAACAAUAAAUAAAGGUGGAGGGAACAAUUCCCAGAAUGCAUCAGAGUGGGAAAAUUCCUUAAAGUAUUUACUUAAAGUCCAUUUUGAAGGAAAUGCAACAAAUUGUGAAGGACAGUGGAACAAAAUGCCUGAAAGAAAAAAAUCUAACAGUGUUUAACUAUAACUUUUAAAGUGUUGUGCUUAAAUAUUUGAGACUGUUUUAAUAAACCUUUACAAUUUAGGUUACUAUAGAAAGCUCAGGAAAACCAUGUGGGGGUCCAGGAAUUGUCUUAAAGAAAUUCAGUCAUUGAAAGUUUGGGCCGAUCGCCGGUUUUUGAGUGUUAUCACUGUUUAAAUGUUUAAAUCUUAAAAAAACAGAUUAGGUAGAUGAAAACAUGAGUUCUUCUAAUUCUGGAAACAAUACGGUCUGUUUCUGAAGUAUUUCCAUGCUCCAAGGUUCUUAAGCCUGUUUGUUUUUGCUAGUCACUUUCUGUCAUUAGACAUUUUUUUUUUUAUCUCACCAAAUUUCCAAAUGUUGAAAGGGUAUUAUGUCACUUUAUAUAGUCUCUCUCCCACAUACCACACCAAGCAGCCCCAGCUGCCCUGGUGUUGGACCUGGGGGUUAUUGUCCCCAUCAUGGGUGCGUCACUGGGUGCAAACUGCCCCAAGGGCACAGUUUGUCAUUGAACGUCCAAAGCCUAGAGCAGAGAGUGUCUACUGCAGUGAGAUUUAAAGUGUGACAGUCGGGCAAAAAAAGUGUCUGCAGCAAAAAGAUUUAAAGGGUCGCCUGUGAGCUGGCAGCCUCCUACCUCUUUAACACUGUUCUAACAAAAAUACUGUGAAGCUUAGCCACUGUCCUCCACAACUAUUUAAAUCUAUACCAUGUGUCUGUAAAAAUCUAUUCUAAUUAAGUAUAACUAUUUACAUGUAGACCAAUUUAAGGAUGUCAUUACAAGGUGAACAGCAAGUGCAUAUCGAUGGCACUGAAAAAUGAGAAAACCCAAAUGUUCUAAAGUUCGCUACGUAAGAACUUGCUGUUAUAGGAAUAUAAUCAGCAAUGGGGCAGUAACUUAUCAUCCCAAAGCUCAUUAAUUUACAAGAACCAUACUUUCCUGAAGUGUAUUAAUCUUCUUAUACCACAGCACUAUAUUUUUUUUUUUUUAAUUUAUUUAUUAAAAACGUACAUAUUGAAAAUGUCACCAUUCACCAAGCACACAGUUCCAUCACAAAGCCUUUUCUGCUUGUUGGGAAACUCUACAGCUUUACCUGCCGUCUCACAGUGCUUAUGUUAGAGACUCUUUAAUAUAAACACGUGACCUUGCCGUGCAUCUGGCGCUACUGUCUGAGCUUCUCCAGCUGUGGCACAAGGACAAUUAAAAUACCCCGGGUGGCAAAGAACAUUGUUUUACAUCUCCUUGUUUUAGUGGGAUCAGAGACUUGCUUGACAAUUCAGUUCAUAUGACAUUGAAAUGUCUGCCUUUUAUAAAAGAUACGAAUCUAUUUGUUCACAGGAUCACUGACGGAGACACAGUGUGUGCUUGAUCAGAGACACAGUGUGUGCUGGAGUGAUGCACGGAAGUUCUUAUAAACGACAUGACAAACGUAUUCUAAUAUACAUCCUUCUGAAGCCAGACGAGGCAGCGGUAAAAGGCUAUAUAUCGAUUAGAAGAUGCAGUGAGGCAGGUGAAUACGAGCUCUGUAGGUUCUUAACAAUACUCGUUAAGCCUUUUAAUUCUCUUUUAUUACUACUCUUAAGGGCUAAACUGCAGGAAUGUGCCAAAGCGAAUGGACAUUCCCUUGGAGACCAAUCUGUACUGCACUGUAGGGGUGUUAGCCGCCGCUUUACGUGCGUAGGAAAUACCUGGAAAUACGUUGUGUACUUUUAAUAACUUGUUAAAAGCAGAAAAUUGACUUGGGGCAGAGAAAAUGCUUUCUGUUCAAAUCCUUUUUAGUGAAAUUGAGUGUUGAUGAUCUCCUCCGGCUCGAACAGACCUGUCGCUAGAGAGACAGGAAGCCUUUGAGAGAAGUGUGUUUUUAAAUGUGCUACAGUGUUCAUGCUACACUUACCAGCGUACACUGUGGUUCACAAUCGAUGUUGAGUAUUUGUGUUGAAGUGUUAUCACAAUAUAAUUGUCAGCUUUA